CACAUUGGAAAUGAGUAUGGACACAGCUGCGCUUUUCUCCAAGACAUGCGGAUUUAAAUCUAUUUUGAGAAUGGCUUCUUUCUGACUUUUAUGUAAGAGAAGAACAGUUUAGCAGACCUUCACGAUGGAGUCGGAGGAGGGUAAGAUAUCAGUGUGGGUCUGCCGAGAGGAAAAGCUCAUCUACGGCUUGUCAAAGCGCACAACCUGCGCUGAUGUUGUCAAAGUGCUUCUGGAAGAACCAAACUCACAGCACGGCCUCUCCACGGCUUCCCCUUCUGGGUGCCCACAGUCUUACUGCGUCGUGGAGAAAUGGAGAGGUUUCGAAAGGAUUUUACCGAACAAAACCAAGAUUUUACGACUUUGGGUCGCGUGGGGAGAGGAGCAGAGGAACGUGAAGUUUGUGUUGGUGAAAAGUGAGGCGUCUUUGGCGAACCACGGAGCCCGGAGCGCAGAGGCGCGUGUGGUGCUCAGCAAACACAGCCCCUGUGUUACCAAGGGGACAGCGCGGUCUCCCGUGAGUGGCAUCUCACCUGAGAAACAGCGUCGGAUUGUGAGGAAAGCUUUCAGAAAGUUAGAGAAGCUCAACAAUAAGAAGAGGGCGCAUGCGGCGCACAGAGACGCGUCCUCUGCGGAAAAGAUGGAAACUUUGGCUCAUCUUGUGAUUUCUCAAGAUCACACAAUCCGCCAGCAGAUUCAGAGGAUUACAGAGCUGGACGCAGAGAUCGAAAGGUGCGAGGCAAAGGUGCAUUCUGACAGAAUGAAAAGACACGGGGUUAAUUAUGUGCAGGACACUUAUUUAGUGGAUGCUACUGCAGCCUCCAGCCGAGAGGGAGACAAACUGUGUUCAGCUGAGACUCUCGCCAAGUUUGAAGAGUAUGUCCGGCAGUGUGAGGAGGUGGUGAGACUACAAGAGGAGCUGUGGGAACAGGAAGCCCUUACAGACAUCCUCGUGAUGCAGGUGCAGGAGGAGCUGAACCACCGCUGGAUGCAGCGGAGGAAAGAGGAGCUGCGAAGCAAAGACACGGAGCCCGGCGAUGGCGCGUCGGCCCUCCUCAACACCGAGGCAGACGCAUCAGAAAACGAGCUGCUUUUGGAAAGGGAGAGGAUCAGAACACAGUUAGAUGCGAGUUUAUACAUCGGCCUGCGCCUCAACACGGAUUUAGAAGCUAUUAGGAGCGAUUUAGAGCUGACCCAGGAGAUUUGUGGGGCCAGGGAGAAGGAAAUGAGGGAUUUACUGGAGAAAGUGAACACGUUGGGCAUAGAGGAAGGGGCGGUCAGCGAGGAGACAUGUAGCUACGGGACAGAUGAUAAGACAGGGAUGAUGAGCACUUUGGAGAGGAAGAUCGAGUGGGUGGAGCAGGCCAGGGGUCUGUCAAAAACUCAGUGUGUGAACGACGACGACUCAGACACCGGCUUAAGUUCUCUGCACAGCCAGGACUCAGACAGCCACCCUGUGUGGGAGUCACUGGUUUAGGGUUUUUUCCAAGAAGGACACUCAUCUGACUGUUAAUCAUUUUUUAAACUCAAAAACGAAUGAACUUGUCUCAGGGAUCAUAAUGACUCUGAAACAAACGAAAAUUUACUAUAUUUCUACAUGGAUGAUAGUGAGUUUAAACUGGAUUUACAUUUGUAUGGCACCAUGAUAAUCCCCAUAAGUUACUAUUUUUAUAAAAACCUUCUUAAACUAGUUUAAAAGGGACUACGAUACUUUAUUGUUGGGGUAAUAAUCUCAUCAAGAAAGUUGU